AUGGAAGGGUGCCAGAUCUUCUCUUGCUGUCUGGAAGACAGCGAGGGUAUCACAGACCUGGAAAUCCUGCAGUGCUUGAAAUUAAAUAUUUCUUCAUCUUUUCCAGGUGACUCAAGUUUUGAGGCAUCUGGGUCAUCAGCCUCACCACAGGACCUUGCAAUCUUGGCAACUUCAUCACAUCUGUUAUCUGAAAUGUUGAGGAUGGAUGAGGAUCCUGUCUCGAUCAUCCAAUCAGAUCCCACGGGUCCUUCAAAGCGUUUGAGAGAACAGCCAGCUUUCUCAUCUAUACUAACUCUACUGGCCAGCACAGCCAAGAAGCCCCAAAACCUGAUUCAGUUCAGAGCAACUCCAGAAAGUAUCUCUACCAGUGACAAUGAAACCAGCCAAUGGCCUUCUGAUUUUUCAGUUGAAAGAGCAAAACCGUCCUUUACAUUUUCCUCCUCCUCAGUUCUGGUGCCCAUCAGAAACCUCACCACCGUUUCAGAGGAGUCAGAGCUUGAUGGUUGGACCUCUGGACCUGCAAUUUCCAUGGACACAUCCAGGGAGACUGGCCAUCCAAAAGAGAACAACUCUUCCCUGGUGACAGAUGCUACAUUACCUAGUAAGCCUUUACCUAUGACUUCAGAAACACUGCCCACAACUCAUGAAGUCACAACAAGCACCUCUUUGCAACUCUCUACUGUCACCACCACAACUGUAGCUAUGAGAAGAACAAGCACCACUCCUACCCUAAAAACAACGACACAGGUUACCAGCACUACAGUGAAAAGGCCAACAACAAUGGAAACAACAACCACCACUACUGCUAUCACCAAAACCACAGCUCCAAGAACUUCAGCUACUGCACCAUCAUUCUCUCAGACUCCUAAGACCAGUUCACCUAGAGGCACCGCCAGUCUUCUAACAACUACCAGCACCACUACUGUUCCUCCACUCAAAUGCAACAUCACAGACAGAAUGUGGGUGAAAACAGUUUUAUCCAUUCAUUUACGGAGGAACCGCCUAGACAGUAUUCUCAAACAGAACCUCCCAAGGGGUCUCACUCAAGCACUGAGAAGGGCUCUGAAUGACAGCUCUGUCCAUGUACAGAUCGAGAGUCUCUCCACUGCCCCCAAUGUAACAGUGGGUUACUAUGUAACCAAUGGGGAUAUAGUCUACAAUGCUGCAGUCGUGGUGGAAGCACUUAAUGUGUAUGGACUUGAGAGAUUGAUGGGGGAUAUUCGUCAGUUUGUGCCUUUGGUGCAGGCAGUUCCCAUCCCAGCCACGCCCUGGAGACCCAGCCCGGCAAUCUCCCUGCUGCUGAAGACAGUGCUGAGGUUUGUUGGGCCAGGAGAUGACCUGAGGUCCUGUAAGUUUGUUCAGAUGAUGGAGCAGAGACUGGAAAAUGCCUUUGCUGAGGCAGAGACCAAAGUGCUUAAUUCCCAUAGCAGACUCACUGUACAGAUCUUGAGUGCAUCUCAAUCAGCUGGAUCUCCUGCUGUGUCCUUGAUUUACAUAGUGAAGAAUGGCUCCAUUGCUCUUAAUGGCACAUCUGCCAGUAACCUACUCAACCGCUUGACUACUGAGCUUGUGGGAUACUUUCUCUUCUAUCCGCCUCUCAUCACUGCUGAGCCCUUGGAGUACCACAACCUCAACACCUCUGCAGCAACAAGGGAAUUCUGGGUAAUCACAGUCAUUCAGGAUGUGGAUAACUCCUCUUUGGAGGGGCAGUACCAGAGCUUUGCCAGUCUGAUGGAGCAACGCUUGGCAGAACUUUUUGUGGUGGCACAUCAGCAGGGCAGUCGUUUCAGACGGGCCACCACUGUGGGCAGUUACACUGUCCAGAUGGUCAGUAUUAGGCGAGUUGCUGGUCCAAAGAACCCAGCUGAGAUGACCUACUAUGUUCUACUGAACGGAUCUCCAUUGCCUGGAACCACAGCAGCCAAAGUGCUGAACACUCUGGACUCCCAGACCAUGGCCCUAACUCUGGGCUACUUUGUCCAGCUCCAGGCUGAAUCUGUAGUUAAGAACCCAUCCAACAAUCUCUGGAUCAUUGCUGCAGUAUUGGCUCCCAUUGCUGUGGUGACACUCAUUAUCAUCAUCAUCACGGCAGUGUUGUGCCGUAAAAACAAGAGUGACUUCAAGGCUGAUGCGAUGGGUAACCUCAAUCCUCGCAGCAAGAGUGCUUACCGGAGAGACGCUGCUUAUUAUCACCAGCCUGUACAAGGGUUUGACUAUGCUAAACAGCACCUCGGCCAGCAACCUGGUGAUGAGGAGACCCACCCUGUUACCCAGGAAACAAUGGUGCUGCCCCUGCCUAUUCGAGAUGCCCCCUUGUCUCUUGAGAAGGUCAUUCACCAGGAUGGGAGCACUUCCAAAAAGACCCUGUCAGGUGACAUCAGGAAGAGCAGGUUGCCGAGUGAGAAUGGUUCCGUCAUCAGCAACGAAUCAGUGAAGCCCAAUUCUGGCAGGGCUUCAGUGGCACAGAAAGUCACAGCACAGCAGAAACUAACAAAGGAGGAGACAAGGAAGAGAAAUGAUCCCUAUGACACCUCUUCAGGAUCUCUUCAGCUCAUUUCCAUAAAGCCAAUGGCAGCACCACCCACUUACUCACACCCUGCCUCAUCAGACCGUAGUCAAGAUUCAGCUAUUCUCAAUGGGGAGGUGAGUCUGGCUCUGAAGCAGAAGUCAGACAUUGAACACUACAGGAAUAAGCUGAGGCUGAAAGCCAAGCGAAAGGGUUACUAUGACUUCCCUUCUGCGGAGGGUAGUGGCAGCUCCAGAGCUCCAAGCCAAAGAAACCGGCAUGGCUAUGACAGAGCUCCACACCAGCAUACCAGGGCAGUGGAGCAUGAAGACCACAGGACGUCUACAUAUGUCAAAUCCCGCAGAAGGCACUCUGAGGUUAGACAUCCAGCCUAUCGCAGCAGGCAGUCCCUGAACAGCCCCAGUCCUGGCGGGACAGAAAUGGACCUACUUGUCAUGAGAGACAGACCCAGAAAGGGCAUCCGCAACAGUGGCUAUGAUACGGAACCUGAGAUCCUUGAGGAAACUAAUGUGGAUCGACUGAUGAGUCACCGUAGCUACGGUUGCCGACAGUUCAAAGGUCACUCAGAGACUUCCACACUGAGCUCACAGCCCUCCAUAGAUGAGGUGCGUCAGCAGAUGCACCUGCUGCUGGAGGAAGCUUUUAGCUUGGCAUCAGCUGGGCAUUCCACUGCCGGCCGACACCACCACCACUUGGGCUCCUACAGCCCUGGACCUCCCGUCCCUUACUCAGAGGUGGUCACCAGUGCCCCUGGAACCAUGAACCGCAACCAUGGAGCCCUACAGUGGGUUCCAGCAUAUGGUCCAGACUUGUACCAGUGCAGUCUGCCUAAACCGGCCUUCAGGUUUACCCAGCUUCCUGAGAUGGCUAUGGGUUCCCCUCCACCACCAGUACCCCCCAGAACAGGCCCUCCUCCUGGGACAUCACUGAGGCGCUCAUCAUCAGACCUUGGUCCAAAAGCCCAGAACUCCGAGUCUUCGGUGCCAGACAUGCAGAACCCACAUGACAGUGCCCCCUACAUGCCGAUUCUCAGGGCACCACUCCCACCGGUCACUGUGGACCAGCCCCUACCUAGCCACUCAGGAAAUCCCAUCACUGCGGUCUACGCUAUACCAGCCAGCCGGCCAGGGUACACGGGUUACUUCAUCUCAACACCACCAUCCUCCUAUCAUAGUCCUUCCUGGAUGUCCUAUCCCCCUGAACCUGAUGAUGUGCCCCAACAGUGGGCUGACUCAAUGCCCUUGCCAGGUUAUGCGGAGGCUUUUCCACAUCCUCGUUACCCUCAGGGGAGCCCUUUGAGGCUUUUGCAACACUACAGUACUGCUGUACAGGGGGGACCAGAACACCAUCCCUCCCCACCUACUGCUGCCUCUCAGCAGACUUUAUCUGACCCAUUGGACCUAGCUGAUACUGACACCCCCCUAAGUAGCCUCUCCACCUCUGCUCUGGUCAAAGCCAUUCGUGAGGAGGUGGCCAAGCUGGCCAGAAAGCAGACAGAUAUGUUUGAGUUCCAGGUUUAG